GCAAGCGUGGCACCGAAGCACAGGAUCAAUAGUGUUCACAAUCCAUACAGGUUGCCACGUGUUGUCUCUCUGAUGUAACCACUCUCUCCUUCCGCCAACCACGCUUCCCCCCUUCUCUCUCUCUCCUCCAAUUUCAACCCUUUCACUCUCUGCCAAGCCUAGAAACUCGCUCCUCCUCUCUAUGGGGUGUAAGCCCUCAGGAUUAUUUGAAGAAGUUCAGCAAAACAUUCGUGAAAAUGGCGCCGGGUGCUUAUACAAUGAGGGGGAACCCACCAGGAAUUUUGCUUUUAAGAAAAAUUAGCGGCAAAGAUUGGAGUUUAACAACCUAUAGAUACGUGGUUCUGUUAAUUACGUUCAUAGCAUAUACCGCAUACCACGCUUCUAGAAAACCCAACAGCAUAGUCAAGAGUGUUUUGGAUCCUCAGCCUAAGAACCACAAUGUGUUGAACCCGUUGCCAAUGGGUGAUCUUUUUGUCAAAAGGGAUUUGGUGGGAAGUGAUUUGAAUAGAUUGAAAAACAAAGGUUGGGCUCCAUUUAAUGGAGAAGAUGGGACAUGGAAAUUGGGAGAGAUUGAUGUGGCAUUUCUUGCAUGUUAUUCGUUAGGAAUGUAUGUUGCUGGGCAUUUAGGGGAUACGUUGGAUCUUCGGUUGUUUUUGACUACUGGGAUGAUUGGGAGUGGCAUUUUUGUUGGGCUUUUCGGGAUGGGUUAUUUUUGGAAUAUUCACAUGUUUUGGUUUUAUUUGAGUAUGCAAAUGGUGGCCGGGUUGUUUCAGGCCACAGGGUGGCCUUCAGUAGUUGCUGUUAUUGGUAAUUGGUUUGGGAAGAGGAAGAGAGGAUUGAUAAUGGGAAUCUGGAAUGCUCAUACGUCCGUAGGGAACAUAACUGGGUCGCUUCUUGCUGCUAGUGUUUUGGAUUAUGGGUGGGGUUGGUCUUUUAUUGUCCCCGGUGCUUUUAUCAUUCUGGCAGGAAUAAUAGUAUACCUGUUCUUGCCUGCUUAUCCUGAAGAUGUUGGUUUUCCUUGCCCAAAUGGAUCAGCUGCUAAUGUUGUGGCAGUGCAUAAUGAUGUAGAAGCUCAGACACGGAAAGGGGCUAUGGAUGAAGGUGAAGAGAACUCUGUUGCCCAAUGUGUGUCAGCAAAUAGGAAGAGUGUUGGGCUCCUUCAAGCUUGUCUAAUACCAGGAGUAAUACCAUUUGCAUUUUGUCUCUUCUUCGCAAAGCUUGUCGCAUACACAUUUUUGUACUGGUUACCAUUUUAUCUCAGUCAGACAGCUAUAGGAGGAGAGUAUAUGUCUGUCAAAUCUGCUGGGAAUUUUUCUACUCUAUUUGAUGUUGGGGGAAUAGUUGGUGGGAUUCUAGCUGGCUACCUGUCUGAUAAACUUAGGGCUCGGGCUACUACAGCAGCCAGUUUCAUGUAUGCUGCUAUACCUUCAAUGCUGCUAUACCGGUUUUAUGGGAACAUUUCCAAGACAGUCAACAUCGUGCUUAUGAUGAUUGCAGGCUUGUUCAUUAAUGGGCCCUAUGCACUUAUUACAACUGCAGUCUCUGCAGAUCUUGGUACACACAGCUCUCUCAGAGGAGAUUCUCGAGCGCUGGCCACAGUUACUGCCAUUAUUGAUGGUACUGGAUCCCUUGGUGCUGCUUUGGGCCCUCUCCUGACUGGAUUUCUUUCAACAGAAGGAUGGGAUGCAGUCUUUGCAAUGUUGGUGGUUGGUGCUCUUACAGCGGGUCUUCUUUUAUCUCGUUUGGUCAUAACUGAAAUAAGAGAGAGUACUUGCAAACAGAUGCUCAAUGGGGAGCACAAUGCUGGAGCUCCUACAUCUCAACCCCUUCUGAGUGACCAAAGGUGAUAACUAGGUACAAUCUUUUGACUCUCUUCAUUCUGGUGAGGAAAUCAAGAACAACUGUGGAACUUGCACAUGGUAAGAUAAGUGUCUGGGAUGACAAAUAGAAUUGCUACUCCAACUUGCAAAUUGAUAAAUUUUGCGGUUUGUGGUGGCCACAUUGUUGUUCAUUUGUACGUAAUGUAUGCAUACUUACACGUAUAUGUAGAGCUUUCUUGGUCCAUUCUUCUAGUUUAGCUGGAUGGAUGAUAUGAAUUGAGCUGAAACAAGUGCUAAAAGUAAAAUAACUUUAGUCUUCAUGUUGCAUUCCUUUUUUUUUUAAAUAAAGUUUCAUUGUAAUUGAUUA